GGCCCUACCUGCAGAUCUUUGGGCAGAUCCCCCUGGACGAGAUUGACGAAGCCCGUGUGAACUGCUCGGUGCACCCGCUGCUGCUGCCAGAGGGCUCACCCGCCUGCCCCAAUCUCUACGCCAACUGGCUGGUCAUCCUGCUGCUGGUCACCUUCCUGCUCGUCACCAACGUGCUGCUCAUGAACCUGCUCAUCGCCAUGUUCAGCUACACCUUCCAGAUGGUGCAGGGCAACGCGGACAUGUUCUGGAGGUUCCAGCGCUACCACCUCAUCGUGGAGUACCAGGAGCGCCCCGCCCUGGCCCCGCCCUUCAUCCUGUUCAGCCACCUGGGCCUGGUGCUCAGGAGAGUCUUCCGGAAGGAGGCAGGGCAGAAGCGGGCACGCCUGGAGAGAGACCUGCCGGAGCCCCUGGACCAGAAGAUGGUGACGUGGGAGGCGGUGCAGAAGGAGAGCUACCUGAGCCGGCUGGAGCGCAGCAGGAGGGACAGCGAGGCGGAGGUGCUGCGGAGGACCGCCCACAGGGUGGACGUCAUAGCCAAGCAGCUCGGGGGGCUGAGAGAGCAAGAGAAACGCAUCCGGGGCCUGGAGUCACAGGUCAACUACUGCACGGUGCUCCUGGCCUCCGUGGCCGACAGGCUGCCCCUGGGCAGUGCCCACCACAACUCUUGGAACUUGGCCAUGGGGAGCCGGCAGGCCCCUGCUGAGCGUGGAGGGGCCGGGGGAGCAGAGAUCACCCAGAGGCCGGCCGGACCGCUGCUCUCGGACACCUGAGCCACUUGGACCGUCAGCACACGGACCCUCUCCCGGAGCCCUAGGCCCAGACCGGGUGGGUGGGGGCCACGGCCCUUGGCGAGUUAUCCCAGGUCCACCCCACACACUGUGCCCCCCUCCCCCCCAAUGGCUUCAUCAAAAGGAGCCUCAGAGCUGCCCGCCAGCCUGCGCCAGGACAGCGAGCGCUCACC